GCGCUGGAGAGAGGGAAGGAGAGUCCCUCUCUGCGCAAACUUUCUGGCCCGCUCGCUGCUGCGCGCUGGGGCUGGCGCUGACCAGUGGCUUGCUGACCAGGAGGGAUGGACUUCGAUACUGGUGGUGUUAUUUGUUGUUUUAUUUUUUUCCUUCUUCUCUCGGGAGGAAUCUGAGGCUUCAGGGCCCCAGGCUGAGAAUUCUCCAACUCUCCCCAGCCAAACUCGCUGAAGCAAACCCGCAGCUCCUCCCCCGCUUCUCGCUCCACGGCUGCCUCGGGGCAUCGGUUUUCCCCGCUACCCAGGUUUGAAAGUCACCAUCUGUGAGGCUGAGUUAGAAAGUGAUGAAAAGCGCCGAAUUGUUCUCUAAUUGAAAAUACUUUUUUUUUUUUUUUGGUGACUGCGCUGACAAAUAUCUGGGAUUCCGUCUUUUGAUCCCUCGCUGCCGCCUCUGUUCUCCAAUCGCUAAUAAAACUCGCAUUGAGCCCCUUAGUGCCUUGAUUAACAGGCAGAUUAACUCUUACUGGGGUGGGGAACAGCUUGUCCCAAUCAAUGUCAUUUUAAAAGCCCGAUACGCUUAGCUCCGGUUCCCUGGCUGCUCGAGCGAGCCAGCCCUGACAUUUGCUCCCUCCCCUUUCCCAGCCUCAAAUCUCUCAGCAGAGUCCCUGGUCCCCAGCCCGCGUGUUCCCUACUCCUCUACAGGACAAAUUGCAGGAGUCGGUCCCUGGCCUUAAAAACAAACCUCUGUUUAGAGAGGGGAUCUCCAGGGAGAAGGCACAGAGGUGGCCUUGGCUUCCUUUUCGUUUGAAGCUGAACUCCUGCCUCUUAAAGGCAAAGGAAAGAGCAGAUGGGGAACCUUCUUGGGUGACGAAAUGGAAAGCAAACUUUCCUGGGAACCCUACUUGAAAAAUCGGAGAGUGCCACUGAUUCCAAGUGCCCUACAUAUCAGGGGGUUUAAACUUGGUCCCUCUCCGGACUACAGCGUGUGGGGUCGGAGAAGCAAAGCCUUGGGAGUACGACCUGCCGGGCUGCAGGGAUCUCUUCUCUGCGAGACCAGGAUCUGAGAAUUGCUCUCACACACCAAACCAGCAGCGUCCGUGGAGAAAACUCUCGCCAGCAACUCCCUUAGAACACCAUCAUUUCAAAUCAUUGUGGUCUUUAAGCAACAGCCGCAAAAAAUCACCAAACAAACAAAACUCUUGACAGGAGCUUUGACGAGAGAGGAUGCCUCAUAAAGGGGGAAGACUUUAACUAGGGGCGUGCAGAUGUGUGAGACCUUUUAUUGUAAGAGUGGACAAACAUCCCAGAUUUCAGAGCCCCAUAUUCGAGUCCAGUGGGAUUCCGCGGCCCCCAGCCAGCGCCAGCAUGCAAAACAGUCACAGCGGAGUGAAUCAGCUCGGUGGUGUCUUUGUCAACGGGCGGCCACUGCCGGACUCCACCCGGCAGAAGAUCGUAGAGCUAGCUCACAGCGGGGCUCGGCCGUGCGACAUUUCCCGAAUUCUGCAGACCCAUGCAGAUGCAAAAGUCCAAGUGCUGGACAAUCAAAACGUGUCCAAUGGAUGUGUGAGUAAAAUUCUGGGCAGGUAUUACGAGACUGGCUCCAUCAGACCCAGGGCAAUCGGUGGUAGUAAACCAAGAGUAGCGACUCCAGAAGUUGUAAGCAAAAUAGCCCAGUAUAAGCGGGAGUGUCCAUCCAUCUUUGCUUGGGAAAUCCGAGACAGAUUAUUGUCCGAGGGGGUCUGUACCAACGAUAACAUACCAAGUGUGUCAUCAAUAAACAGAGUUCUUCGCAACCUGGCUAGCGAAAAGCAACAGAUGGGCGCAGACGGCAUGUAUGAUAAACUAAGGAUGUUGAACGGGCAGACUGGAAGCUGGGGCACCCGCCCGGGUUGGUAUCCGGGGACUUCGGUGCCUGGACAACCUACGCAAGAUGGCUGCCAGCAACAAGAAGGAGGGGGAGAGAAUACCAACUCCAUCAGCUCCAACGGAGAAGAUUCAGAUGAGGCCCAAAUGCGACUUCAGCUGAAGCGGAAGCUGCAAAGAAAUAGAACAUCUUUUACCCAAGAGCAAAUUGAGGCCCUGGAGAAAGAGUUUGAGAGGACCCAUUAUCCAGAUGUGUUUGCCCGAGAAAGACUAGCAGCCAAAAUAGACCUACCUGAAGCAAGAAUACAGGUAUGGUUUUCUAAUCGAAGGGCCAAAUGGAGAAGAGAAGAAAAAUUGAGGAAUCAGAGAAGACAGGCUAGCAACACACCUAGUCACAUUCCCAUCAGCAGUAGUUUCAGCACCAGUGUCUACCAGCCAAUCCCGCAACCCACCACGCCUGUUUCCUCCUUCACCUCUGGCUCCAUGUUGGGGCGAACAGAAACAGCCCUCACAAACACGUACAGUGCUCUGCCACCCAUGCCCAGCUUCACCAUGGCCAAUAAUCUGCCUAUGCAACCCCCAGUCCCCAGCCAGACCUCCUCGUACUCCUGCAUGCUGCCCACCAGCCCCUCGGUGAACGGUCGGAGUUAUGACACCUACACCCCCCCACAUAUGCAGACACACAUGAGCAGUCAGCCAAUGGGCACCACGGGCACCACGUCCACAGGACUCAUUUCCCCUGGUGUGUCAGUUCCAGUUCAAGUUCCUGGAAGUGAACCUGAUAUGUCUCAAUAUUGGCCAAGAUUACAGUAAAAAAAAAAAAAGAAAGGAUAUAUUGUAUUAAUUCAGUCAGUGACUAUGUGGACACAACAGUUGGGCUUUCAGGAAGGAAAGAAAAAAUGGCUGUUAGAAGCACUUCAGUUCUGCAAUUGUGUCCUGUAUUGCACCACUGGGGAAUGGAUUUGAAACAAGGACCUUUGUAUACAGAAGGCACGAUAUCAGUUGGAACAAAUCUUCAUUUUGGUAUCCAAACUUUUAUUCAUUUUGGUGUAUUAUUUGUAAAUGGGCAUUUGUAUGUUAUAAAGAA